UGACAUAUGUGUUUAUGUGGUUUUGUCAGUUUGAAGCCAUCGAGUUGAAGUCAAUAACCAUCUAACGCAAUUGCCGCUAUAAUCAAAAUGGAUUAUAUACAUGUAGGACGUCAUGUGUAAUUAAGUACAACUACAUUAAUGAGCCAAGGACGAGGCUAUACAAAUUGGCAUACAUUGGAAAGGGGACGAGUUGCCGAUCUGAACCACAUAUUAUAACAAACCUAGAGCUAACUAACGAAGAACUUGACAUAGUUUGGACAACGUCACUUAACGUCAGACAUCGCCGACUGCAAGACAUAACUUUAGCGGAUAGUUAAAUUGAUCAUAACGUUUUCUUACCUGGACCCUGUAGUGUCUAAGUGCUUGCAUCAGAGAGUAUGUAAGGAAGAAUGGCUAACUUUGAGGCCUAUCAGGAGUAUCAAAGAAUUGAGGAUUUUGAAGAGUCCCCACCAGGAGAGGAGGAUUUACUUGUGCAUGUUCCUGAAGGCCUAAGAGACUCAUGGCAUCACAUCGAGAAUCUGGACAUUUUUUUCACAAGAAUAUAUCAUUUCCACCAGAAAAAUGGAUUUGCCUGCAUGAUGGUCUCUGAGUUCUUUGAACUAGUACAGUUCCUGUUUGUGGUCACAUUCACAACCUUUCUCUUCAACUGCGUCGAAUAUGAUAUCCUUUUUGCCAAUCGGGCAGUUAACCACACCAACCCCAGUGUCAACCCUCUGGACAGGAAUAAGGUUACCCUGCCGGACGCCAUCUUACCUAGUCAUCAGUGCAUGGAGAGAAUUCAAGACAGUAGUUGGAUUAUUUUUCUUCUGAUAAUGGCAGCCAUCUUCUGGAUCUACCGCCUUAUAAAGGUCAUCUUCAAUAUCCUCAGCUACUGGGAGAUCCGACAGUUUUACAUCAAGGCUCUGAAAAUAAGGAUGGAAGAGCUCUGUAACUUCACUUGGCAGGAGGUUCAAGACCGCCUGGUCAGCUUGCAGCGUGAACAGCAGAUGUGCAUCCACAAGAAGGAGCUCACCGAGCUGGACAUCUACCACCGAAUCCUCCGUUUCAAGAACUACACCGUGGCCAUGGUCAACAAAUCCGUGCUGCCAGUGCGGCUCAACCUGCCCAUGUUGGGUGAAGUUAUUUUCCUCACGCAAGGACUCAAAUACAAUUUUGAACUGAUUCUCUUCUGGGGCCCUGGUUCACUCUUUCAGAACAAGUGGAACCUUCACCCCAAGUACAAGCGUGCGGGCAACCGGCUAGAGUUGGCACGGCAUCUAAGUCGGGUCAUCCUAUUAGCAGGUGUGGCUAACCUGUUGCUCUGCCCGCUGGUGCUAGUCUGGCAGGUAUUGUAUGCAUUUUUUAGCUAUGCUGAGGUGAUCAAGCGUGAACCAGGCAGCCUGGGCGCACGCCGCUGGUCUCUAUAUGGCCGCCUCUACCUGCGCCAUUUCAACGAACUAGACCAUGAGCUGCAAGGAAGGCUUGGCCGCGGCUAUAAACCAGCUGCCAAAUACAUGAACUCUUUUGCCUCCCCGCUGCUGGCGGUGCUGGCCCGUAACGUGGCCUUCUUCUCUGGCUCCGUCCUGGCGGUGCUGAUCGCACUCACGGUCUAUGAUGAGGACGUGCUGACGGUGCAGCACAUUCUAACAGCCAUUACAGUGCUGGGUGUGGUCGUUACGGUGACGAGAUCCUUCAUCCCAGAUGAACACAUGGUGUGGUGUCCAGAGCAGCUGCUGCAGUGUGUCCUAGCACAUAUCCACUAUAUGCCCGACCACUGGAAGGCCAGUGCCAACAAGUGUGAAACGCGGGAUGAACUGGCCCAGCUUUUCCAGUAUAAGGCGGUGUUCAUCCUGGAGGAGCUGAUUAGUCCCGUCAUCACCCCCUUCAUCCUAAUAUUCCUGCUGCGCCAGAAGUCCCUUGAGAUCAUAGACUUCUUCCGCAACUUCACGGUGGAAGUGGUAGGUGUCGGGGAUAUAUGCUCGUUUGCCCAAAUGGACAUUCGCCGCCAUGGAAACCCACAGUGGCUGUCGGAGGGCCAGACAGAGGCUUCAGUCUAUCAGCAAGCAGAAAAUGGCAAGACAGAACUGUCACUCAUGCACUUCACCAUCAAGAACCCACGUUGGCAGCCACCACAGGAUAGUUCUGUCUUCAUUAGCCACUUGAAAGAGAAGGUCCAGCAGGACGCCCAGACCGGGCCCUCCACCCAGCUGCUGCUGUCUGAGACCUCACUCUGUGCUUCACUGCUCUCAGACCAGCCCAACGCUAGCACAGACAAUCCUCUGGCCAGCAUGUUCGCCCAUCCGUUGUUGACCGCGCCUGGUCUGCCCAGCCGGGACUGGCGUUUCCUGCCUCAAAGCACCACCGCCUCGGCUGCUGCUUCCGUCCUCGCGUCGCUGUCUGCUUCCCAGCCCUCCCCAGCCAGCCGCUCGCGCUCCGCCUCCACACUACUGCCCUCAGGCCGCCGCCACUCUCCACCACAGCACCACGGCAGCACGAUGUACCACAGUGACCGCACUGUGGUGGACAGUAUGUCUGCUAGUGCUUCAAGACUGCACAACUCUGCCCUGCUGAUGGAGUUUGCCUCCGCAGAGAUGAGCCUUCAUGCUAUCUACAUGCAUGAGGUACACCAGCUGAACUCACUGUCUCGACGUGGAGGGGUAGGACUGUUGCAGGCACCCGUACCACUGAAGGAUUUCAACAGCAGCUCUGGUCAGCUGGCAUCUACCUCUCCAGACAGCCACUCAGCUCCCACCGACAGACGACUGGGAGGCUGGAUGGAGGAAGAGGAAGGGGACGAGGAAAAGCUAAACGGGUCAGCAUCAAACUCAGGAGCAGUUUCUGAGGAGCCUUAAAAUGAUGUGCUACACCAUUCAUGGCCUGGAUGGAGCCACUGGCCUUAUAUGAUCUUUUUCCGAUCACCAUUCAAUACGUUGGGCUCCGUAGAGGAGAUGAUGAUGAUGUCCCAGAGGUCAGAGGUUGGGGACUGUCUCACCAUGCCCCCUCUAGUCAAACGGGAGGGGAGAACCGCCGAUGUCUUCCUCAUCACCUCCACAAACCAACACAAACAGACAGGACUGUAGUGUUGUGUGUCUGUGUGUAAGUGUGUGUGUGUGUGUGUGUGUGUAUUUUGUGUGUUGUUUCAAGCCUGAAAGUAUUUUAAAUAAACUCUGGGCAAAGGUGGCCUUUAUGCCGACUCACUGGUUCUAGCUGCACCCUGUUUUACCUUUCUUCUUGUUGUUGUUGUUGUUUUAUUGUUUUAUUGUUGCUUUCAGAUGCCAAUGAUUGAAGUAUACUUUUCAAUAUAUUAUCUUUUCUUCUAGCCUCUUCAUUUGCAUUCAUGUAGUAUUAUUUUUUUUUUUUAAUGAUCGAGGCAACACUUCUACUAAGAGCAGCAAAUGAGUGUUACUUAAAGUGCAUUCGGAGCGACAUGGCAUCGUUGGUGCUCAAGAUAUUCAGAGGUCUGAUCUAAUCUGUUGACAUCUCCAGUGUGGACUCAUAUCAGUCAAGGACUGCCAUAUCAAUAUUUGUCAUAUAAAAUGUUACACUGUGUCAAUGUCUCUGCAAGAAUUUUUAACCACAGUCCUUCCAUCUGAAUGCCACUGGGUGUCCUUCAGAUCCUGAUGACCAUAAAUUGAGUGUGUGUACCAUG